GAUUGCAAAUAUAUGUUAGUAUAUUCUUUUCACAGUUACAUUUUCUAAAUUCUCCUAAGGCCUAUUUUGUAUCUAAUUACUACGAUACUUUUUUAAGCUGCACAAUGCUUCGCAGCUUGGCAAGGAUCCGCCAUCGGAUGCCGUCAUGCUGUCCUUUGCUCGUUUCAGUUCGCAACGAACACAAGAUUCCAGAGAAAUUGCAAAGUGUGGAGACCGACAAGGACCCAGAGUUCUCGGCCAUGGUGCUCUACUACUAUCACAAGGCCGCCCAGACCAUGGAGCCCGAGCUCAUCAAGGAGAUGGAGAAGUAUCCGCAUAUGAAGGCCGAGGAGCGUCAGGCGCGAGUCUCUGCGAUCCUCAAUAUGCUCGGCAGUGUCUCCACCUCGGUGGAGGUUAACUUCCCUAUUGUGCGUAAGAACGGCACCUACGAGAUCAUCAGCGGCUAUCGCUCGCAUCACGUGCGCCACCGCCUGCCUUUGAAAGGCGGAAUACGUUAUGCCCUGGAUGUUAAUGAAAGUGAGGUGAAGGCCUUGGCCGCAAUCAUGACCUUCAAGUGCGCCUGUGUAAAUCUGCCUUAUGGCGGAUCGAAGGGCGGAGUGUGCAUCGAUCCCAAGCAGUACACCGUGGAUGAACUGCAGACGAUCACCAGGCGAUACACAAUGGAGCUGCUGAAGCGCAAUAUGAUCGGACCGGGAAUCGAUGUCCCAGCUCCCGAUGUGAACACCGGUCCGCGUGAGAUGAGCUGGAUUGUGGAUCAAUACCAGAAGACCUUCGGCUACAAGGACAUCAACUCCUCGGCAAUUGUCACCGGAAAGCCGGUUCACAUCGGCGGCAUUAAUGGCCGGCAUUCGGCAACGGGAAGAGGCGUUUGGAAGGCGGGGGAUCUCUUCCUGCAGGACAAGGAGUGGAUGGAGCUGCUUAAGUGGAAGACGGGCUGGGAGGACAAGCGGGUCAUAGUGCAGGGCUUCGGCAAUGUGGGCUCCUUUGCCUCCAAGUUUGUGCACGAGGCGGGUGCCAAGGUCAUCGGCAUCAAGGAGUUCGAUGUCUCGCUGUACAAUAAGGAUGGUAUUGAUAUUAACGAUCUCUUUGAGUAUGUGGAAGAAAAGAAGACCAUCAAAGGAUAUUCCAAGGCUGAGGAGUCGAAGGAGGAGCUGCUGACGGCUGAUACCGAUAUCCUAAUGCCCUGCGCCACCCAAAAGGUGAUUACCAGCGAGAACGCCAAUGACAUCAAGGCCAAACUGAUUCUGGAGGGCGCCAAUGGACCCACAACUCCUGCUGGCGAGAAGAUACUUUUGGAAAAGGGUGUGCUCCUGGUGCCCGAUCUCUAUUGCAAUGCGGGUGGUGUAACAGUGUCCUACUUCGAGUACCUAAAGAACAUAAACCACGUGUCCUACGGCAAAAUGAACUCGAAAUCCACCUCGCAAAUAAUUACCGAGCUGCUCAACUCGAUCAACGAGUCAAUGCAACAAUGUUCCGAUGAUUACCCCGAGAUCAAGGCCAAUAAGAAGCUUACGAAGAUACGGGAGUGCACCAGGGAGGCGGACAUCGUGGAUUCAGCUCUGCAAACCGUCAUGGAAUCCGCGGCCGCUGGCAUCAAGCAUAUGGCCCAUAAGUUUGAACUUUGCAACGAUCUGAGACGGGCCGCAUACGUUUGGUCCGCUUUUAAAAUCUUCCAGGCCCUAGAAAGCUCCGGCAUUUCUCAGCAGUGAUUAAUCAAUUAUAAUUUCCUUUUCUUUUUGUCGAAUAGUGCAGAUUCAUUUAUUUAUAAAAUAAAAAAAAAAAAAUAAAAAAUAAAAAAUCUGUGAAGAUUAA